GCGAGAUUGAUUCUCCAAAAGAUAGCUUGGUGCACAUAUGCACAAAAGUUCUCACAGAGGAAAUUAAGCAAGAAGAAUAUAUGAAACGAGUACUUCGACAUUUAGACACCUAUUUUCAUGAGAAUUUGCAUCGUUUCCUCAGCUUAGGUACUCUUCGCAGUCAUGUAUUUGCGAAUGGAGGCACCUUUCAGAUACAGUCUCUGGACGAAGAUGCUAGAGAUGAAUGGCUCAUUAAAAUAAAUAGGAAUUCGUCAUCGUCAUAUAAAUAUUUAUUUGAAGUAUUCGGCGAUGCGUUGGCGAGCGAUG